UCCAUUUACAUCCGUUCAAACGGUGUGCAAUGUUGCGAAACAUUGAUAAUCGUGCUAGUGUGAAAAUAGAAUCGAGUUUCGCCUUUAGGCUUUCGGGAUAGGCAGAGACCGGGAUCUGCCCUUACGCACACGGACACACAUGCGUACGAAUCCCCGUUAACGUAUAUCGCACUUGACUAACUCGGUCGCACACAUUAUACAUACAAUAUAUAUUAUAUAUAUAUAUGUAUAUAGGUGUACUACGUACCCUGUACGCCGAUAGAUAUCUGAAUACGAGUACGUACACGCGCCUACGCAACUCACACAUACUCGCGUACCCCGUUGAACCAAAAACAAUGUUAAUCGCCCUCGCUACUCCACCUUCGUGUGCAACCUGUAAUAAUAUUUGUCUCCUAUUGCUCAUUUCGGUUCCGUAAUCUGUAGCGCUGCAUUUUCCAUGAGAACUGUCCCGAUGAUUCGUUGCAACUGUAACACAACUAUCUAAUCACGAUUAGACCUCCCGUCUACUUUUGCAUCGGCGACAGUGGAACUCGCAUCGGUAGCAUAUUUUCAUCGUUCGUUCGGACUAUUCGACCGUUGGCCCAUUACAUACUUUUCCGUAUUUUAUGCCCUCGGGACGUACGGGCGAGCGCGUAAACUCUCUUACUCUGGAUGUUAGAAUCCCGUAUCGGCGCCAUGCACGGGGUGUCACACUCGCGCGUUAUAUUGAAAAACAAUGAGAGACGUACGAAUGUGAAACGCAACGUCAGGCCGGCGGUCUGCCCGAUCAAUGAUAGAUUGGAAUAGAAAGAAUCCGUAGGCCUUGAUUGCUAAAGUCCACAAUCAUCAUUACGCUUUGACAAUUAGAAGUGCAAUUGCGAAUCUACCUACGGGCCACGGGAGAUCGAAAUUCAAGCGUCACCGUGUCAGUAACACGUUGUCGCGUCGGCUUAAUCGGAACCUAUUCGUUGCUGCACGCCACAACAAAUUUGUGUGUAAAUUGAUAGUGAAUAUGUGUAUGCGGCAUAGACGUGUACGUGAAUCAUAGUGGCGCCACCUAUUUCGCGAGCCGCAACAUCUCACACGGACUUUCUUUCGUACGUAUACGCCGAGCGCAUUCAUACAUCGAAAGAAAUGCGUUUGUAUAUUCUUGGAGCGGAUAACAUUUUGUGCGACUUUUUUCUCCUUCGUCGUCUCCGCAGACCCUAUUCUACUCACACCUGCAGCUGGAAGCAGCGGCAGUGGUAGAGUGUCGUCCAGAGUAAAGUAACAUAGAGUGAAGUAGAGUGAGCUGAAGUAGACUAGAGUAAAGUGAAAUGAAGUCAAGUGUGAGUGUGCGCAAGUGCAUCAACGAGGUGAUUUUAUGCAACGUGGAGCGGGGUGGUUUUACUGGAGUUAUGGUUUUUGUGGAGCAGCAAGAGUGUGCAGUCGCUGAAGGGGAAAUAGUGAGUGAAGCAAAACUAAACCGAAAGCAGAAGAUUUAAACGCAGUGCACAAACGGAAUUCAUAUCAUCGCUGUACCGUUGAUUGAGACCACCUCCUGAAAUAAAUAGCUACAAGUUCGUUGAUACGAUACAAUUGGAAUACCGAUAUACACACGAUAAUCCGAUCAAAAUAUACCCCCAGAGAUUGAUACGAAGGAAACAAGUCACUUCUGUCUCAUAUUAUUACCGAACUAACGAACGCGUUAUUUUUUUUAUUUAAUUUGUUUUUUUUUCAGUUUCGUUCUUCCAAGUCUAUUUUUGUCGGUAUUGUUUCUCCGAUUCUUCCAUUCUCGAUUCAUUUUUUCUUUUUUUUUUCUUCUUUCGAUCUUGGUGAAAGAUGUGGUGACAACAUCUCGUACGACUUAACAAAAUUUGCGGGCACGCCUAAAUCUUGGAAGAAAAAACGCGUCACGCUGUUACCUGCAAUCGAACGAACAAAUGGACAAAUAAAUAAAUAAAUAAACAAAUAAAUAAAUAAAUAAAUAAAUAAAUAAAGAAAUAGAUAAAUAAAUAUACUUACACAUAUGUGCGCCCAUAUGUAUGCGCGUGUGCUUGGUGAACGUAUAAAACAUCAGUGAUAUUACAUAAUAGUAAUAGUUGAUAAUAAAAAGUUGGAAAAGAAGAGUGAGAGAACGAUUAAAAACGGGAAUCUAUACGAGCGCCAGAGUGUGGGAGUGUAUAGUGUGACAUGGGGUGCUUCGGCAGCCAGAGCUCCAAGGCCAGUCAGGAUGACAGUAAAAAUCAAAAGAGGCGUUCGGAUGCGAUCACCAGGCAGUUGCAAAAGGACAAACAGGUGUACAGGGCUACUCACAGGCUACUGUUGCUCGGUGCGGGAGAGUCUGGAAAAAGUACCAUCGUUAAACAGAUGAGGAUAUUGCACGUGAAUGGCUUCAGCGAAGCGGAGAAGCGGCAGAAAAUCGAGGACAUCAAAAAGAACAUCAGGGACGCGAUCCUGACGAUAACGACCGCGAUGAACACCUUGACGCCACCGGUCGCCCUCGAGGAUCCGGCAAACCAGAGCAGAGUCGACUACGUCCUGGACGUCUCCUCUUCCACGGAUUUCGACUAUCCCUCGGAGUUCUACGAGAUCGUGGAGACGCUUUGGAAGGACAGAGGAGUUCAGCAGAGCUUUGAGCGAAGCAACGAGUAUCAGCUCAUCGACUGCGCCAAGUACUUCCUAGACAAAGUAGCGAUAGUGAAACAACCCGACUACACGCCUACCGAACAGGAUAUCUUGAGGUGUCGAGUCCUCACCUCCGGCAUCUUUGAGACGCGGUUUCAAGUCGACAAAGUCAACUUUCACAUGUUCGACGUCGGUGGGCAGCGCGACGAAAGGAGAAAAUGGAUACAGUGCUUUAACGACGUUACAGCCAUAAUAUUCGUAACGGCCUGUAGUAGUUACAACAUGGUGCUCAGAGAGGAUCCGACAAAACUCAGACUCCGAGAAAGUCUCGACCUCUUCAAGAGUAUUUGGAAUAACCGAUGGCUCCGCACGAUAUCCGUCAUCUUGUUCCUGAAUAAGCAGGACCUUCUCGCGGAGAAGAUCAAAGCUGGCAAACACAAGCUCGAGGAUUACUUCCCGGAAUUCUCGAGAUACCAGACGCCCGUUGAACCAGGCGUCGUUGUGGAUCCGUCGGAACCACCCGACGUCAUCAGGGCGAAAUACUUCAUCAGAGACGAGUUCCUGCGCAUAAGCACGGCGAGUGGGGACGGAAAGCAUUAUUGUUAUCCACACUUCACAUGCGCCGUUGACACGGAAAAUAUAAAGAGAGUGUUCAACGACUGCCGCGACAUAAUCCAGCGAAUGCACCUGCGCCAAUACGAGCUGUUGUGACUUGGUUCCUGCAGCCAUAGUUUGCUUCGUCCGCUUCGUCAGGGAGCCCAACAACGCCGUCAUUACACGACGUCGACAAGGAAUAAUAAACGAUCGUCGAUAUCGAUAUGCCAAGUAAAAUUUCGGAGUCGUGCCGUGCGUUGAUCAGAGCCUCGACGUAGGCCUGGUACGAGUACCGUGCAACGUCACCCAUUCUUUGGCCCUGAGUCUCGUUCCUCCGCAGGCCAUCAAGGGUAGUGAGAAGAGAAUAAGUCUGCGAGCGAGGACGAGGGCGAGAGCGAGGAUAAGGAUUAAAGCAACCACCCGUGAAAUUUGGGCCAGAAUUUUUUCAAACUCUGCCCUCCACUCUCCCUCUCCCUUUUCUUUACCUUCACCUUCUCCCUUACUCCCCUCCCCCUCCCCCUCCUCCCAUCCCAAAAUCUAAUUGGUAACGGAGCUGUUUGUAUCAAUUUUCGUUCAAUCAAGUUGGCGAAUAACGAACGUGUGCGAUCUUCUACCUCGUGGGGAAAGGUGAUCGUGGGAUCGAGUGAGUCGAGAAGAGAAAGACGUUUUAACACCCUUGGGGAUGAUCAAACAUUCAUACCUAUAACUACUCGGAGGUAAAAAUUUUCAUCGACGCUUCAUUCGCGACGGCUGGAUGUGGAAAAUAGUGUGAACUUGAAAACACUAUCCGAGAUUCGUGCGUGUGAAAUAAUCGAGGUUUGGUGAAUUCCAGCCCGUUCACAGAAUCAUGUGUCUGAUUGAAAAACGAAACCAAGAGAACAGAAAACGGAUUGGAAAUAAUUACGUCGGAUCUACGUUACGUAUUCAAUUUCAACAACGAAUCGAGUACUCGAUCCCAAUCGCAGUCUUCUCAUCCUCUCCACAGGUGACCUCUCCAUCCAGUCCCUGAUGAACGCAUUACGUAUUUGGGUGGAAUUUCCUCCUCUCGUUGUCGAGACGGGGCGUCGAUUUGGUACGGAUGGUAAUUAUCCGCAUUUCGCAUGCCCAGUAUCUAGUAACUCAUUAACCAAAGAAAAGGAGCAGCGAUUCGCGCGAGGUGUCGCAUCCGUUCUUUUACUUGCGCGUCAAGUUCAAUCCCUCACGCACGCUGUCUCUUUUCGAGGAGUUGCCAACGAAGCAGAAACCGUACAACGGAAGACCGAGCGGGUUGUUAUUUUCUAAGAACUUAUUCAACAACGUUAGCAGACACUCAUUAUCUGGGAUGAAACGGCGAGAGAAGAGCUUUUUAGGACACAGAACGGAUGUAAUAAAUUAUCGACCUGAUAUAAAAAGCCAAUGUUGACACGGCGUGGAUCCUAACUCAUCUUGUGUAUACCUAUACACAAAUCAAUCAAUCUGUACGUAUACAAAACGACCGGUGCUGCAAGUACACAAGGUUGUCAGGGCAACGCCAUAACAUCGAAUGAGAGGAAAAUUCGUGAUAAUUUGAAAUCUUUACUUCAAAUUGAGCAUCCGUUCGAUCGAUCACGGUCCCCAAAUAAUUAUCCCGUAGCCAGUAGCCGUCGAACACUCGAGACCUUGAGGUACCGAUUACUGUUUGAGCGACCGCGAGAAGAGGUGUCCACCCACCUACGAUGUGUACGAGUGGAUACGUAGCGAGUAUAACGUAUCCGCGGCGACAGGAAUAGAACCGUGCCAUCGGAUGAUUUACUGGUCAAGGCGUGGAAGGGCCCGCAGUACCAUCCUUGCACUUUCCGCAAUAAAUAUUGGCGUCAACGCGCGCUACCGUAUUUGUAUUUUUGGAUCAUCUUCCUUCAUUCGUUGUAUUUUACAAUAUCUUAAGAAAAUUACCAAACUCGCGAGAUUCGAGUGAAAAUUUUUAUUGAUCUGAAUCGCGACGCGUAAGUGUAGAUACGGAUAUAUCGACGAAACGCACAUAAGGUAUACCAUGUGUUACACGGGAGAGGCCGGGGCAAGACGAUGUCCCCGAAAAAACUACAAUACGAUCCUAUAUCACCGCAAUUGGAUCGAAACCUUAACGUCGAUCUAAGAAAUAUUUUCUCUGUGAUCAAAUUUUUCCAUUCUGACCGAAUUUCUUAGGUGAUCUUCUUGGUCCGGUCUCCCCUUCGUAUGGAGAAACAAAAAUUUGUUAAAAUCCAACACUCAAUUUCUGUAGCACGCCUCGCGUUACACAUCGCGGAUAUAUCAUUGGCGAGGGGCUAAUGAGUUUCGAAGCAUUGGAAAAUAAAAUCUUCUCGAAAUUCUGAAUACGAACUAUUACCGAGGGAUAUGUGUUAUUUCAUUUGAGCCUCGAACGUUAUUCUGAAAAUCAGAUCGAGGUAAACGAAACCGUAUGACUUUUUGAUCGUAUAUUUUAUAAGUUUUUCGAUACCCGGAAAUUAAACUAUGGCAGAGUUUCGAGAAGAUUAUUUUUCGCCAGUCUCGGGCUUGACAUCCCCUGGAUACAAGUGUACGCGUGUACUAGCCAACCAUUUAGUUACCUACCCCAUAUACAUAUACUAUAAUCAAUAAAUAUCUGUCCAAUUCCGAAUCUCAUUUGAACCACUGACCUGACCUACGUACGAGUCUCAAUUUCUUCGCCCCGACGCGACCCAACGCAAACACGCAUGCACACAAACAUACACACAAACACACACACACACACACGCAAACUCGAUUCCCAACUCAAGGCACACACAAAAAUGAUGAAUCAACUAACGAUAAAUGAAUGAUCUAGAAACUAUUUACCGGGAGGGAGUAUUUUAUCAAAUUUUACAGUAUUUUCAACUUCAUAUUAAUUACCUAAUUAUAUGUAUGAAAAGAUCAUGUAUAGAAAUAUACAGGGUGUCCGUGAAUUAACAACUAUAUAUAUUUCAUUAAUCUGCGAGAAUACAUACAAGUAUACUUAUAUGUAUAUAUUAUAGUAUGUAUAAUGUAUACCUAUUGUAUUAUAGACGUGCCUUUAACAUGCAUUGUAUUGCCGUA